GUGGUGAUAACAUUGAAGAUUCAAUCAACAUGAAUGCAACAUCACCUAGAUCUUCUUUAGUUAAAUUAGGACUUUGUCCGCGACAAAAAACUUUAAAAGUUAUGGUUUUAGGACAAGCCGGAGUUGGAAAAUCAGCUAUGGUUGUUAGAUUUAUUACAAGACGUUACAUCGGUGAAUAUGACCCAACAUUGGAAAAAGUCUACAAUUUUCAUACCGUUAUAGACAACGAAAUGGUUUAUUUCGAGAUUUUAGAUACUGCGGGACAAAUCGAACAAGAAAGCGGCGAAUGUUUAACUUUAGAGGCCAAUAUAAGAUGGGCAGAAGCUUUUAUCUUGAUGUAUUCGGUGACCGAUAAAUGCUCAUUCGACGAAUGUUACCGUUUGAAAUUCUUGAUAAACUACAACAAACGUCGAAAAAGAUUAGGAAGUGCUUCAAAAGAGGGUAUUACCGAAGUUCCCGUCGUUUUAGUCGGAAAUAAAAUCGAUCAAAUCGACGAUCGGAUGGUUACGCUGGAGGAAGGUCAAAAAAGAAGUAAAGAAAUCGGUUGUGUUUGUUUUCAUGAAAUUUCUGUCCGAGAAAGUAUAGAUCAAGUUUUUGCUGUUUUCAGAGACGUUUGUCGUUUUUGGCGCGUACAAAACAAGAAUCCUUUAAAGUUAAAACGGAGCGGGAGCGACAACAAAGAUCCAAUUUCACCCGAUACGAUUCGUCUUUUAUGUUCAGCGACGGUUUCACCCAGUGGUUUCUUCCCAAGCCCUUCUAAACCCGGCCUUUUGAAUCGACGUUGGACGGAGGUUGAAGUUGAAGAGAACGACACCAAAGACAGCGGUUUGAGUCCUUCUGAAGCUUUGUUCCGAGAACGAGCUUCAACAGACGGACAUCUCCAAAAGACGUGGAGAUGGAGGUAUCCACCACCUAGUACGAGUCAACAAGGAUUUUAUCCAACUGCACGUGCAGAUAGACGAAUGAGUAUAUCGAUGAGAGGAGAUAACGCAAGUUAUUAAAAAAAAUUGUUUACGAAUCGAGCUUUAAAAAGAAAAUAAU